UUGAAUUUUUACUCCGCAAUACGAUCUCAUCAAGUUCUCAUUUCCUGCUCAUAAAUCUUGCCAUCUGCACGCUACGACUCUACCACCCUAAUAAAUACUGAACCACACGCGGCUGAGCCACGUGUUGCAUGUCCGGGUAUCUAAGUAGCGGUUGGUCUCUAUGACUGAAAGGCGUCGUUAGGGACGUUGUUACUUUUAUAAAACUAGCUAUAAACCGAAAUGCACCGGCAAACUGGACAACUGGAUUGACAAAAAGAUGAAAUCAAGUACGAUAAAACCGAAAACGACCUUCAAGGCGCCAUCUAAAGUGAACGAGGCCCGUAAAAAAAGAAUUUCCGCUCGAACCCAAAAGCUGCCUAAACCGUCACCGAUCAAUAUCGAAGAGCUUAUCGAGAAAAGGAUACGGAAAUUAAAAGAUAAUAGUUUUUUAUUCUUAACAUAUGCUUUCCCACGAUGUAGUGAACGCUUCGGACCAUACCUGUUUCUGGAGGUCCCUUUCAGUAAGGUUGACAAGCAUGAGUACUACACAGUUAGCCGGCAUGGGAUCACCUACUGGAGCGAUACCGAAAACCAUUUCAGUCAAUUGAACGAGUGGUUAGGAGACUACGAAAAAUACAAGAAAUUAACAAAGCUAAACUUUUUCGGUAACUAUCGCUUCGCAAAGGCUUUUUGUCAAUGGCGUCAAAACGUUAAGCGUGCCAAGUACGAAACUGCCAAGCAAAUGCUAGCCGCAAGUUUGUUCCUUGCUAUGCCUCGUUUAGCAAAAGCACUGCUGUAUAUGAGAGAACAAUACGAGCAGUUGAUACAUUUUCGCUACUUCGAUGUGUCUGUAUGUGAAAACUGGCAUUUGCCAUAUUUUGUGGAAACUCAGCUGACGACUUAUGAGCAAGUGCGAGAUUUGCUAUUCAACUUGAACAAGAAAAUGCGUGAAGUGCUGUAUGAUGCUUGUACAAAUACUCUUACCGAUCGAGGGUUUUCACCGAAUGACGAAGCAUUAAACUGUACGAAUAAGAAAAAGCUAAAGGACAUCAUGAGCUUCACAGAGAGAGCUAAUAAACGUAAACUAUGUGCAUUGCUCGCUAGAUUCUUAGGAUACGCUGACCACAUGAUUAUCAAUUUGUUACAUCAAAUUUUGAGCGAGUCCUUUCGGAAUCUUUCGAAUGUGUUCAAAGGAUACGAUUCAACUGAGUUAGGAGGGAAAGCCCCCUUUAUGACGAUUGAAUUAAUUUUGAAACCGACCACCAUAGCCGUAGAUCCUUCGAGGGAAAUUGCUGUCUCUCUAUUGGAUAAAAUUUGUUCGAUGGUGGUAGAAUCAACCAGAUGCAUCAAACGAUUUCAAAGUGAUGAAUAUUUCACAAUAUUCACAGAACCGAUAAUUAUGGGCCGUCAAGAAGACCGUCUCUGUGGCAACCCGCCAAGUUUCAAUUUCAUAAUGGAUAACGAUAUUGAACUUUUGAAUAAUAUUAAAUCUAUAAAUAAUCAUAUCAAUGAAGCAUACGACAUUGUUGACAAGUAUACUGCAAAGUUUGAUAAAAUUCGGGACAACUAUCAUCAGGCAAUUGCGAUGGAUCGAAACUUGAUUAGAAAUGAAUCUGACUUGGGUACUUUGGCGAAAUUCUGCGAACGAUAUAACUCAGAAAUGGCGGAAUUAGAAAACAUCCAAGAAUCAGAGCGACUCGGCUUGGUUCAAGUUAAACAGUUAACGUUUCGCGAGGAAAUCCUUCCUGUUUGCCAAGAGCUAUUAUCCGUAUUAGACGAGACUCUACCUAGACUUGCCAUGGAAAAGAUCAACUAUGUAAACCAGAAAGGCGAAGAGAUAUCUACUAAACUUAUGAUUGUCCCGGAGGAAACUAAUCAAUACAUAUAUUAUUUCAACUUCCUUGAAAUAUGUCAUGAACAAGUAGAAAGCUUGGAAAAGGAAUUGAAUUACGCCUACGAAGCAUUGAAGAUAAUGAAAGCAUACAGAAUUCCAUUUAGAGACGAAGAUAAGGACAAGUAUUUAGACAUGGAGGAAUUGAUGGUGCAAAUUAAGGACAUCAUGGACACUAAACGAACUCUGAAACGUGACAUGAUAAAUAAGUUCGACCUAUGCUUGCAAACAGACAUUGCCAAAAUAUUCUUGGAAGUGGAAGAGAUAAGCGAACAUGUACUCCAAGAAUGGCUUUUGGACGUAAAUUCUGACCCAGCGCAAAUCCGUGACUGUCUCAUAGACUUAUCAGAGAGACUUAGCUCAUGUCAACGUAAGGCACAAGAGUAUCGGAAAUAUCAGAAAGAGUUUCGCUUGGAAGUUACUCGCUUUGACAAACUGGAUAUAGUGAUGAAUGAAGUUAAACUUCGUCAAACUUUGUGGGACGGCGUCCAACAAUGGAAAGAUAGCUUAGAACUUUGGAGUGAAAUCAGAUUCUACGAUCUGAAUGUCGAAGAGGUUGAAGCACUUAACAAUAAGAUUUUGAAAAACUGUGCCAUGCUCGAUAAGAAUCUCCCUAAAAAUGAUAUCAUUCCAAAGUUGAGAUUAGAAGCGGAAAUAUUUAAAGAAAAAAUACCUGUCCUCACAUAUCUUCGAAACCCGGCAUUGAAAAAUCGGCACUGGAUUAAAAUUGAACAAAUAUUGAACAAACGUCUCGCUGGCGAAGAAGAAAUUUAUUUGCAUACUUUUGAAGACGCUAAUGCAUUUGAAGAAGAUAUUGCUAACGAACUAAUGGAAGUAUCGAACAUGGCUAGCGCUGAAUCUGGACUAGAAACACUCCUGAACAAGGUUGAAAAUGCUUGGAAGGAAUUGGAACUUACUGUUGUGAACCACAGGGACGCUCGGGAUGUUUUUAUAUUGGCAGGAACUGAUGAAAUUCAAACUGUUUUGGAUGAAUCUAGUAUUAACAUCAGCACGAUAGCAGCAUCAAGACACGUUGGGCCGAUCAAAUCAAAAGUUGACGAUUGGGCUAAGCAACUGGAUUUGUUUUCUCGUACUUUGGAUGAGUGGUUGGUCUGCCAGCAAUCUUGGAUUUAUUUGGAGGCAAUAUUUUCAGCACCUGAUAUUCAAAGGCAGCUACCACAUGAAACGCAAAUGUUCCUCCAAGUUGACAAGAGCUGGAAAGAUCUUAUGAGGCGUACUCAGAAAUCACCAAUGGCUUUAAGUGCAAUGACUGCUGAAGGGGUUUUGGAGCAGCUACAGAUUAACAACGUUUUAUUGGAGAAAGUUACAAGGUGUUUGGAAGCAUAUCUCGAAGUCAAACGUAUGGCUUUUCCGAGAUUCUAUUUCUUAUCGAACGACGAACUGUUGGAAAUUUUGGCGCAAACCAAAAAUCCACAUGCGGUACAACCUCAUCUGAGAAAAUGCUUCGACGCCAUAGCUCGAAUUGAGUUUGGCAAGAAAAAAACGGAUAGUGGAGAAUCUUUGAUGACGAAUGAUAUCAUUGCAAUGGUCUCACCGGAAGGUGAACGUCUUACUUUUGGCAUUGGAUUGAAAGCACGUGGAGCCGUCGAAGAUUGGUUAUCCAAAGUAGAGGAAGCAAUGUUCUUAGCAGUGAAAAGGUACAUGCGGUUGGGAUAUAGAUGUUACCCGACAAAAGAUCGAUCGUAUUGGAUGCAAGAGCACCCUAAUCAGAUAGUUUUAACUGUAUCGCAACAACAAUGGUGUGCCGAUGUACAUGAGAUACUUGACGGCAAAGGAAAAAUUACCAAGAAAUUACUUGCAUUCAGAGAUAAAUUAGUUAAAAAUUUGGCAAUUCUAGCAUCUAUCGCGAGAACAAAUAUAUCAAAGUUGGUGCGAAAGGUUCUAUGCGCUCUGAUCACUAUUGACGUGCACGCUAUGGAUACGGUUUCUCUAAUGGUAGAGAAAAAAGUAACCAAAUCGUCUGAUUUCGAAUGGCUUAAAAUGCUACGUUAUUACUGGAUGUCGGAGACAGAUACGGUAGAAACGAAAAUGGCGUCAUCGAAUCAACCAUAUUUCUAUGAAUAUCUUGGCGCAGGAGGUGUUUUGGUCAUAACGCCCCUAACAGACAGGUGUUAUCUAUGCCUAAUGGGUGCUUUGCAAAUGGAUUUAGGUGGUGCUCCGGCGGGACCUGCUGGAACGGGAAAAACUGAAACAACGAAGGAUCUUGCCAAAGCUCUAGCAAUCCAAUGUGUUGUGUUCAAUUGUUCUGAUGGACUAGACUACAAGAUGAUGGGAAGGUUUUUCACUGGUUUGGCACAAUCGGGUGCAUGGUGCUGCUUUGACGAGUUCAACCGAAUAGAUAUAGAAGUACUCUCAGUGAUUGCCCAGCAAUUGAUAACAAUAAGAAAUGCCAAAGCCAUGAAAAUGAAGCGAUUCAUGUUUGAAGGUCGUGAAAUUAAAUUGAAACCCUCUUGUGCUGCAUUCAUUACCAUGAAUCCUGGAUAUGCAGGAAGAACGGAACUUCCAGACAAUCUAAAAGCACUAUUUCGGCCAAUAUCUAUGAUGGUUCCGGAUUAUGCUCUGAUUGCUGAAGUUAUAUUGUACUCCGAAGGAUUUGAAGCAUCGAAAGUACUAGCGAAAAAAAUGGUACAGAUGUAUAAACUUUGCAGUGAGCAAUUAAGUCAACAGGAUCAUUACGAUUUCGGGAUGCGAGCUGUAAAAAGCGUUUUGGUAAUGGCAGGGGCUCUUAAACGCGCAUCACCCGAUCAACCAGAGGAUAUCACAUUGAUUUGUGCAUUGAGAGAUUCUAAUCUUCCAAAAUUCUUAGCAAAUGAUGCCGUUCUUUUCACCGGUAUAUUGGGAGAUUUGUUUCCGGGUAUCGAUUUGCCUGAACCAGAAAGAGGUAGUUUGCAGGCAGCGAUUGAAAUCUGCAUGGAGCAGAAUAAUUUGCAGACCGUCCCAGAGCUAAUAUUGAAGACGCUCCAGCUAUAUGAAACUAUGGUUGUACGUUGGGGUGUUAUGUUGGUUGGCCCUACUGGAAGUGGCAAGACAACAGUGCUGCAUACACUAGCAUGUGCAUUAGAGAAGCUAUACAAUGACAUCGUCGAAGGGCCUUAUUACAGACCGGUGAAUAUUCAAACCCUUAAUCCGAAAGCGAUCAGUAUGGACGAAUUGUAUGGAUUUGUGAAUUUGGCUACUAUGGAAUGGAAGGAUGGUUUGCUAGGUCUGGCAAUUCGAGCUGCAGUAAAUGUUCUAGAAGAAGAACAUCAAUGGGUGGUUUGCGAUGGACCUGUAGAUGCUGUUUGGAUAGAAAAUUUAAACACUGUGCUCGACGACAAUAAGAUGCUGUGUUUGGCCAAUUCUGAACGUAUUAAGCUAACGAGCUGGGUGCACAUGGUAUUCGAAGUACAGGACUUAGCACAGGCAUCACCUGCAACGGUGUCUCGAUGCGGCAUGGUUUAUCUUGAUCCAAUGCACCUGGGAUGGGAUCCAUUGAUAACGUCUUGGCUAAAUACGGUUGAGGAGUUCUACUUAGAUCAAGAUCUAAAAGAGCAUAUUCAUUUGCUAUUCAGUCGCUACUAUGAUGGAAUGAUCAAGUACAUAAAUAGGAAAUGUCGUUGGAGUAUCCAUCAAGUAAACGUGAGCAAGCUAUCGAUGAUGACAAAACUACUAUUGGUACUGCUUAAGCAAACUCAGGGAAUCAACCUUAUGGAACGAGGAGAUGCGAAAAACUACGUUUGCAAACUGUUUACAUGGUGUGCACUUUGGGCGUUUGCAGGAAACUUAUUGGAUGAGUCGAAAGUUGGAUUUGAAAAAUUUUUGAGAUCAUUAUUAGAGGAGAGUGAUGUUGCGCUGUUGCCCGAAGGAUCACUGUGGGACUAUAGGAUAAACCCGAUGAUAAAGUCCUGGGAAAAUUGGUUAUCUAUUCAUCCACAAUUUGAUUAUAAUCCGAAUGUAGCAUAUUUCGAUAUGCUUGUGCCGACAUUAGAUACUACAAAAUAUGGAUUCAUAGCUGAAAUGUUAUUUCGCGAGCAAUACCCGGUUCUGUUUACCGGUGACACUGGCGUUGGCAAAUCUGUAUUGGCACGUGAUAUUCUGAACAAAUUGAUGAAAGAAAAUGUAAUACCAAUUUUUGUUAACUUCUCUGCUCAAUCGGAAAGUGCUCGUACUCAGGAAAUAAUUGAAUCAAGACUGGAACGUCGUAAGAAGACUUUACUGGGAGCGCCAAUCAACAAGAAGAUAAUAAUUUUCAUCGACGAUGUCAACAUGCCAAAGCUAGAUAUGUAUGGAAGUCAACCCCCAAUUGAAUUACUUCGUCAGUUUCUCGAUUUCCACGGAGUUUAUGAUCGAGAUAAAUUAUUCUGGAAAGAUAUAGUUGAUGUCACGCUGGGCGCAGCAUGUGCUCCUCCAGGUGGUGGAAGAAAUAUUCUAACUCCUAGAUUUAUCAGACAUUUCGCAUUACUCUCGUUCCCGACACCUAACAGUGACACUCUAAAAACUAUUUUCAAAGCAAUUCUGGUGGGAUUUUUGAGUGAUUUUAGCAUGGCUAUACGUCCUCUGGCUGAACCAAUCAUAGAAGCAGCUGUCGCAGUUUACGAAAGAAUUUCUGAAGAGCUUUUACCAACACCUAAAAAGUCCCAUUAUGUGUUCAAUCUACGGGAUUUAUCUAAAUGUGUUCAGGGUAUCCUUCAAGCUGAUUCUUCAUCAUAUGUGAAUCCAAUACAAAUGCUUCGGUUAUUUUAUCACGAAUCAAUGAGAAUAUUCUACGAUCGUUUGAUUUGUGAGGAGGACAAGUCGUAUUUCAAACAAUUGUUGCAAGACUGCUGCGAGAAAUUCUUCGAGACUACGGUUGUCCAACAAGAAGAGAAUGUUUUCUUCGGAGACUUCAUGAUAUUUGGGCAAGCAACGGAAGACCGCGUUUAUGAAGAGAUAAAAGAUUCUAAAAAGAUGAAAAAUGUCUUGAUCGAUUAUUUGGAAGAUUACAACUCCACUGGAGGUAAAGAGAUGAAUCUAAUAUUUUUUGGAGAUGCUGUUGAACAUAUCGUCCGUUUGGCUCGAUUACUGCGGUCGGAGCGAGGAAAUGGUCUCUUGGUUGGAGUAUCCGGAAUGGGCAAACAAAGUCUCUCUCGAUUGGCAGCACACAUUAACGGUUAUCAGUGUAAUCAAAUUGCCUUGAGGCGUGGAUAUGAUCACACUUGUUUCCACGAAGAUUUGAGAAAAAUUUACUGGAUCGCUGGAGUGUUGAAUAAACCUACCGUAUUUUUGAUAACCGACACUCAAAUUGUAAAGGAAGAAUUUAUGGAGGAUAUAAAUAACAUUCUCAACUCAGGAGAGGUUCCCAAUCUAUUUGAAGGAGACGAAUAUGAAAAAAUCAUCCUGAAUGCUCGACAACCCUGUUUAGAGAGUGGUUAUCCCAACACGACAAGGGACGGAAUUUUUGAAUUCUUCAUCAAACGCGUUCGUGCUAAUUUACACGUCAUAUUAUGCAUGAGCCCUGUCGGCGAUACCUUCAGACGACGUUGUCGAAUGUUUCCUUCUUUGGUGAACUGUUGUACGAUAGAUUGGUUCGUGAAAUGGCCAGCGGAAGCUCUUUUGUCCGUGGCAGUAGGAUCCCUAAAAGAAGUGUCUGAAAAUGAAGUUCAGUGCAAGCAUCUAGCUCAAGUUUGCGUAAUGAUACAUGAAAGUGUGGAAAUCAUCUCGGAAAGGUUCCAUAGAGAAAUGCGACGACACUAUUACACCACUCCUAGCAGUUAUCUGCAACUGUUGAAUCAGUAUCGUGUAUUGGUCCAAAAACGUAUUGAGGUGAUUCAACAAAAGAAGGAUAGGAUAGCCAAUGGGCUGAGCAAAAUUUUGGAAACAAAUAUUGUCGUAGCAGAAAUGGGCGAAGAAUUGAAGCAGUUUGUUCCUAUUUUAGAAGAAAAGUCUAGAAACAUGAAGGAACUGCUGGCAAAACUUGACAAAGAUAAUAUUAUUGCUGAGGGCGUUAAAAGGAGUGUGGCAAAAGAUGAAGCCGAAGCCAAAAUCAAAGCUGCUGAAACGCAAGAAAUAGCUGAUGAAGCAGCAAAAGAUUUAGAGAUCGUUAUGCCAACUUUACAAGCUGCACAAGAUGCGCUGAAGGCGCUGAACAAAAACGAUAUUAAUGAGUUAAGAGUAUUUCAAAAACCUCCAAAGCUUGUACAGUUUGUUAUGGAAGCUGUACUCAUUCUCCUGGGAUCAAAAACUGAUUGGAAUACUGCUAAAGUUGUGAUGGCUGAUGUUAACUUUUUGAAGAAGCUCGAAGAUUACGAUAAAGAACAUAUUCCAGAUUCAAUGCUGAAGAAACUAAAAACAUAUAUUGAACAUAAAGAUUUCCAACCACCUGUUGUUGAAAAGGUGUCUAAAGUUGCAAAAUCGAUGUGCUUAUGGGUGAUAGCUGUCGAACGAUAUGCUAAAGUAUACAGAGUAGUUGAGCCAAAAAUAAAGCGACAGAAGGAAGCUGAAGACGAAUUAAACCAGGUUAUGAAGCUGUUGAAGUCCAAGCAAAAUGAACUGGCUGAAAUAGAAGCUAAAAUAUUGAUGCUAAUAUCUAAUCUUGAUGAAAAGAAACGAGAGAUGAAAGUUCUACAAGAUCAUAAUGACCUGACGGCUGCACGGUUGAAUCGAGCUGGUCGGUUAACAUCUGCUUUAGCUGAUGAAGAAAUUCGUUGGCGAGACACUGUGGAAGAGCUAACUGCUGAACAAUUUGCUGUUCCUGGAGAUGUUCUAGUAGCAUCGGCAUAUGUGGCUUAUCUUGGAGCUUUUCCAAUUGGUUAUAGGCGUGAACUUACUAAGUAUUGGGUCGAGGAAUGCAGAAACCUUAACAUUCCUAGUAGUGAUAAGUUCAAUUUAGUGAAAAUUUUGGGAGAUUCAUUUCAAAUUCGACAAUGGAACAUAUUUGGCUUACCGAGAGAUGAGAUAUCGAUCGAAAAUGCAAUUAUUUCAACUGAAGCCGGUAGAUGGCCAUUAAUUAUUGAUCCCCAAGAACAAGCCAAUCGCUGGAUUCGUAAUAUGGAAUCACACAACGAGCUAAGAAUUAUAAAAUUGACUGAUUCAAACAUGAUGAGAAUACUAGAGAUAUGCAUCAGGCAGGGAACUCCUAUGUUAAUAGAAGACAUUCAAGAAACUCUCGAUCCAGUUCUGGAGUCAGUGUUACUCAAACGAGUUUUCAUGCAAAAUGGCAGACCAAUGAUAAAACUGGGAGAUGUUGACGUUGAUUAUGACCACAGCUUUAGACUAUACAUGACUACUAAACUGGCGAAUCCACACUUUCUGCCUGAAAUUUGUAUACAAGUAAGCUUAGUAAACUUCUUGGUAUCCAGGAGUGGAUUAGAAGACCAGUUACUUGCCGAUAUUAUUAAAAUCGAACUGCCGGAUAUGGAGAAACAACGCAGCGACCUUAUUGUUAGAAUAAACCAAGACAAACAACAGCUUUUGAUGUUAGAAGACAAAGUUUUAAAGCUUUUGUACAGUUCUCAAGGCAAUAUUUUGGACGAUGAAGAACUUGUUGAUGCCCUCAAUGAAUCAAAGGAAACCUCGAUGGUUAUCGCAGAUCGGCUAGUGGAAACAGAAAAAACUGAGAUGGCUAUUGCAGCUACUAGAGAGAAUUAUCGAAUAUUAGCAUCACGAGGAGCAGUUUUAUACUUCGUAGUAUCGUCAUUAGCAGACAUCGACCCCAUGUACCAAUUUAGUCUACGGUAUUUCUCACAUGUGUACUGUUCGGUGAUAGCCAAACCACACGAAAAAAUGGAGCUUCCUGAACGAUUGACAUCGUUGCUGGAUGAUAUAACAUAUACUAUAUUUUCAAACAUUUCACGAGGCUUGCUAGAGAAGCAUAAAUUGAUCUAUGCAUUUCUCCUGGCAGUAGGAAUCGGCAAAGAGUCUAAUGAAAUCACAGAUGAUCAAUUAAACUUUAUUUUAAGAGGGCCAACUAGCCGAAAUUAUCCUCUAGAACUGAAACCUCAACAUGUAACAGAGAACCAAUGGUUCAGUUGCAAAUUUUUGGAAGAAACGUUUACAGCUUUUACUGGAUUGACAAAGUGCCUUCAUGAACACAUAGAAGUACAAAUACAAGAUUAUAAAGAAAAUCUUACGUCAGCGCCAAAAUCUACAGUAGCCUCAAAACAGUGGAACAAUUUUUUGACGUCACCUGAAAAACUUAUGCUUGUUGCGGCAUUAAAAGAAGAAAGUCUAGUAAUUGCUAUAACAGAGUUUAUUCGUUUGAAACUUGGAAAACAUUACACGGAACCACCUAAGAAUACCAGCUUACCAUCCUUAUACGAAGACAUAUCUCCAAUAACUCCCCUAGUGUUUGUACUAUCUCCUGGUUCUGAUCCAAUGACGGCACUAAUCAAAUUUGCCCAAGAUAAAGAAUAUUCGGAGAAAUUAUUCUCCAUCUCGUUAGGACAAGGACAAGGCCCAGCAGCAGAAACCUUGUUGGCAAAUGGGACCAAACUGGGUCACUGGGUGUUUUUGCAGAAUUGUCAUCUUGCCACCUCAUGGAUGGAGUCAAUGGAACGAAUUGUGAACAACAUAGCCAUGGGAUUGCAACCAGUUCAUAAUGGUUUUCGAUUAUUCCUUUCAUCUAUGCCCGUAAAAACGUUUCCCAUCAGUGUGCUUCAGAACUCGGUAAAAGUUACCAAUGAACCUCCGAGAGGCUUACGCGCUAAUUUGAUUCGCUCGUUGAACGAUCUUGACACAGGAAGCUUUGAAUUACAUGUACUUGGACAACAUUGGAGAAGUAUGAUCUUUGGUCUGUGUAUGUUCCACGGUAUUAUAUUGGAGCGGCGCAAGUUUGGCCCUAUAGGCUGGAAUAUUAUGUACGAGUUUAACGAAAGUGAUCGAGAAUGCGCUUUGAGGACAUUGGACAUAUAUUGCGAACGGGAAACUAGAGCGCCCAUACCUUGGGAUGCCUUGGAAUACAUCAAUGGUGAGAUCACUUACGGAGGCCGAGUUACGGAUAACUGGGACCAGCGUUGUUUGCGCUCGAUUAUGAAAAUAUAUUCUUCUGAGAGUGUACUUUCCAUUGGAUACCAAUAUAGUGAAAGCGGUCACUACUACUGUCCGGAUGCAAAAACUUUAGACGAAUACAAAGAUUAUGCGAACAGUUUGUCUAUACAUGAUCCCCCGGAAAUGUUUGGAAUGCAUGAGAAUGCUAAUAUUAUUUUCAACCGAAAUGAAACUAGAUUCUUUAUUGACACUCUUUUAAAUAGCAUGAGCGGCGGUGAUUCCUUAAGCGAAGCUGCAUUGGCAGCUAUGGAUAAGAUAUGCUUGGAAAAAAUACAAAGUAUAAGAUCAGCAAUUGCAAAAAAUAUCAAUAGCGAUAACCCAUAUCCAGAUUUGAUGAAGAAAGACAACAAGAAUCGAAUACCUUCAUUAACGACAGUCCUGUUACAGGAAAUAGAUAGAUUUGAUCGAUUACUUGGUGUAAUGCAUAGCAACUUGAACGACCUGGAGAAAGCCAUACAAGGAUUCGUAGUCAUGUCAGAGAGUCUAGAAAUGAUAUAUCGUGCAUUUUCUAAUAAUCAAGUCCCACAAUUAUGGCACACUGUUGGCUUUUUAUCCACCAAAUCGCUAGGAAGUUGGAUAUUUGAUCUGCAGCAACGAAUUGAAUACAUACAGUCAUGGAUUGAUGAUGGCUUACCGAUAUCGUCGUGGAUAUGCGGCUUAUUUUUCCCUCAGUCAUUCUUGACCGGUACUUUGCAGACAUAUGCGAGGAAGAACGAUAUUCCAAUCGACACCCUGCGAUUUGACUUCGAGGUUAUGAACUGUACGUUGAAUCAACAGGUCAUAUAUGAGCGACGAGCUCGGGGACAAAAGAGUAAUUCCUUGUUUGAAGAUCUCAAAGUACCUGGUUCCGGCAUCCUCAUCCACGGACUCUUCAUCGAAGCUGGUAGAUGGGACGUACGAGAAGGAGGAUUAUGUGAUGCCAAAAUUGGAGAAUUGGUUUCUAGAUUACCGGUAGUUUGGCUGAAACCAUGUGUUAACCUUGAUAUUGGCAAUCGAUAUGAAGCACCUCUCUACAAAACCAGCGUACGGGCAGGUGUACUCUCUACCACCGGUCAUUCGACAAAUUUUGUUCUAUCUAUUCUACUGGACACCAAAAAAUCUACCGACUAUUGGAUUUUACGUGGAACUGCUCUCGUUACUUUAAUAACCGAUUAAGCCAGACUGAGAAGAGCAUCGAUGUUUGCUUCUACUUCCUUGACCGCCUUCAAUGCAUGUGCCGUACUUGUAGUCACCUCAUGAAUCAUAACUUUUUGUAUUGUUCUGCAAAUAAACAUAAUUAUUUAAUUCUGUAA